CUCGGCCCUUUCCACCAUCAAAACACAAGCAGCUAGCCAGCAAACGCACAUACUACAAGGUUUCUUGUUAGCUUCUGCCGCUGGUACUACAUUGUGUGACGCGAUCGAGCUGAGAUAAUGGCCGCCGCCGGAGCAGCUGCACUUCUUGCCCUCCUCGCCGCGCUUGUUGUCGUCGUCACGCAUUCCGGCGCAAGCGCACUGCCGGCGGUGGUGAACAACCACACCUCCGCCGCCCGCCAACUCCGCGGUCGUUCCGGCGGCUGGCAGAUGGCCAAGGCCACCUGGUACGGCGCGCCCUACGGCGCCGGCCCCGACGACAACGGCGGCGCGUGCGGGUUCAAGAACACCAACCAGUACCCGUUCAUGUCCAUGACGUCGUGCGGCAACCAGCCCUUGUUCCAGGACGGCCAGGGCUGCGGCGCAUGCUACCAGAUCAGGUGCACCGCUAAAAACAACCCAGCCUGCUCCGGCGAGGUGAAGACGGUGAUGAUCACGGACAUGAACUACUACCCGGUGGCGAGGUACCACUUCGACCUGAGCGGCACGGCGUUCGGGUCCAUGGCGAGGCCGGGGCUCAACGACAAGCUCCGGCACGCGGGCAUCAUCGACAUCCAGUUCAGGAGGGUGGCCUGCAACAACCGGGGGCUCACCGUCAACUUCCACGUGCAGGCCGGCUCCAACCCCAACUACCUGGCGGUGCUGGUGGAGUACGCCAACAAGGCCGGCACCGUGGUGCAGAUGGACGCCAUGGAGGCCAACUCCGGCCACUGGAUGCCCAUGCGCCGCUCCUGGGGGUCCGUCUGGCGGCUCGACUCCUACCGCGCGCUCAGGGGCCCCUUCUCCAUGCGCAUCCGCAGCGAGAACGGCAGGACGCUGGUGGCCAACAAUGUCAUCCCGGCAAACUGGAGGGCCAACACCGACUACCGCUCCUACGUCCAGUUCACUUAAGCGACCACAUAAUUAUUAACCCAUCAUCAUCACUGGUAUAUAUGAUUAAUCAUAUACAAGGUGGUGCUAAGGUUGGUUAUUUAUUUGGGAGUAGUAGAGUGUAUUGUGUGAUUAUUGCAAAUUCUUUUUGGUUUUUGCAAUGGGUUCGGCGAGUUUUUCCGUGUUGUCAUUGUGUGUAUCUGAGGCGCGUCGGAAAUGGAGGAGGCAAAGUGUUAUACAUACAUGUUGUCUCCCGCCUACCGUCCAAACUCCAAUGUUUGUACAACAAGUAGGUACGGUGCAUACAAUGUGUGACCAAAUCAGGGGGGCUAUGUAUGCAUCAAGUCAUGGUCAGCAAAUACAUUUCUGAUUAUUCCAGUAUA